CGCUCCCUCCCCGCUCCCUCCCUCUACUUCUCUCUUGCUCCCUCUCUCCCUCGUAUCCACGUUAUUGGUUUGAAUGAUGUUGGGUACACAUGCCUAUGCGAUUCGGGAAGCGCGCUUCCUGGCGGUUCCCCAAGAAUUCCUUCUUUCUCCCAAUGGCAGAAACUCCUCGUCUGCUGCGCUGCCGGCCGUCAAGUCCGUUCCGUUGGUGCGCCUUCAUCGUCGUCGUCGCCGAUCUGGUCAAGAGAUCGGCGAAAGAUCUCCGGCCAGAGUAGUGGUCGUUUCCUGUGCAUCUCCGGCUACUGCAGCUCCUGCCGCCACCGGCAAAGGCGCCGGCAAGUCCACCGUGACGGCUACCAUCUCCGUGCAGACAGAGGUGGAGAGUCUCCUCGCUAACAUUGGGAUCGGGCGGGGGCUCGAUGACAUAGCUGACCUGCUCGGGAAAUCCAUCCAAGUUGAGCUCGUCAGCUCAGAGCUCAACCUUGAAAAUGGGAAGGAGAAGGAGAGCAUAAAGGGAUGGGCACACAAAGGGAAGAAAGGAGAUGGGGUGCAAAAGUAUGAGGCGAAGUUGGAGGUGGAAAGUGGGUUCGGGGAGGUGGGGGCUGUGCUUAUCACCAACGUCCACCACACGGAGAUGUAUUUCAAAGAGAUAGAGCUCCGAGGUCUCCCUGAGGGAGACGUCCACAUAACCUGCAACUCCUGGGUCCACCCCCAAAAGGACAGUCCUCAGAAGAGGGUCUUCUUCACCGACAAGAGUUUCCUACCCAGCGCUACACCGGAAGGCCUGAAGAAGCUGAGAACUCAGGAGCUGGAGACGCUUCGCGGCAAUGGCGAAGGAGAAAGAAAGACCCAUGAGAGAAUAUACGACUACGAUGUAUAUAACGACUUGGGCAAUCCAGAUUCCAGUGAUUCUUUGAAGAGGCCAGUUCUUGGUGGUAAAGAACAUCCCUAUCCCAGGCGCUGCAGAACCGGUCGAUCCAAAUCCAAGAAAGAUCCACAGUCUGAAACCAGAGUUGGAGCGCUGCAGACCCCUUAUGUACCAAGAGACGAGGCUUUCUCAGGGGUGAAGGGAGUGACCUUCUCAGCGAAGACGUUGAAGUCUGUCCUCCACACUCUGGUCCCAAAUUUGCUCUCUGUGUUGAAGGAUGACACCGUAGGGUUCCCCUUCUUCACAGCCAUUGAUACGCUGUUCCAGGAUGGCCUUCGAAUGAAGAAGCCUGGAAGCAGCACAAGCCUCCUCAAUGCAGUCGUGCCAAGAUUAGUGAAGUUAAUGGAAGGACAGGAGCUCCUGCUGUUUGAAAUGCCAGAGAUGAUUGAGAGGGACAAGUUUUCUUGGUUUAGAGAUGAAGAGUUUGCUCGCCAGACUUUGGCGGGACUUAACCCACUCAGCAUACAGUUACUCACGGAGUUCCCUAUUGUCAGUAAACUCGAUCCAAAAGUGUAUGGCCCUCCUGAAUCGGCCAUCACCAAGCAGCUCGUUGAACAACAAAUAAGAGGAGUCAUGACCGUUGAAGAGGCCAUAGAGCAAAAGAAGCUGUUCAUAGUGGACUACCAUGAUAUCUUGCUGCCCUAUGUGAACAAGGUGAGAGAGCUCUCUGGCACGACCUUGUAUGGAUCAAGGGCCCUCUUCUUCCACAACAAAUUGGGCACAUUAGAACCGGUUGCCAUUGAGCUCACCCGCCCACCUUCUUCGACCAAGCCACAAUGGAAGCAAGUGUUCUCACCAGGUGUCGACGCAACCAAUGUAUGGCUCUGGAGGCUUGCCAAGGCACAUUUUCUAGCUCAUGACUCAGGAUAUCACCAGCUCGUAAGCCAUUGGCUGAGAACUCACUGCUGCACCGAGCCCUAUAUAAUAGCAGCCAACAGGCAGUUGAGUGCCAUGCACCCCAUCUACAGGCUGCUGCACCCACACUUCCGGUACACUAUGGAGAUCAACGCGCUCGCCAGGCAGGACCUGAUCAAUGCCGACGGCAUCAUCGAGAAGUGCUUCUCUCCCUUGAAGUAUUCCAUCGAAAUCAGCUCUGCCGCGUAUGACAAGCUUUGGCGAUUCGACUACCAGGCGCUUCCUGCAGAUCUCAUUCAAAGGGGUAUGGCUGUGGAGGACCCGACGGCCGAGCACGGCGUAAGGCUCGUGAUAGACGACUACCCAUUUGCCAACGACGGCCUCCUCAUCUGGUCGGCGACCAAAGAGUGGGUCGCCGACUAUGUCAACCACUUUUAUGAAGAUUCUCAAAAAGUAGUUUCAGACGCCGAGCUCCAGGCAUGGUGGUCGGAGGUCCGGAACAAGGGCCACGCAGACAAGAAGGACGAACCAUGGUGGCCGGCUUUGGACUCGAGGGAGAGCCUGGUGCAGGUGCUGACCACCAUCAUCUGGGUCGUAUCCGGCCACCAUGCGGCCGUCAACUUCGGCCAGUACCCGUACGGCGGAUACUUCCCCAACCGGCCGACGAUCGCCCGGACGAACAUCCCAACGGAGGACGACUCGGCCAUGCACUUCGACCUGUUCCUCAAGAAACCGGAGUCCGCGCUCCUCGGCUGCUUCCCGUCGCAAACUCAGGCGACAUUGGUGAUGGCGAUACUCGACGUGCUGUCCACGCACUCGAUCGAUGAGGAGUACCUGGGGCAGCAGGCCGAGCCGGUGUGGCAGUCUGAUCCGGCGAUCAUGGCGGUGUUUGAGAAGUUCAACGGGAAGCUGAAGCAGAUCGAGCGCAUCAUAGAUGAGAGGAACACGAACAGGGAGCUGAGGAAUAGAUCGGGGGCAGGGAUCCUCCCGUAUGAGCUCCUUAAGCCCUUCUCUCAACCGGGUGUUACAGGGAAGGGAAUCCCAACUAGCAUUUCCAUUUGAAGUGGAGGGAAAGAACAGGAUCGAUGUGGAAGUAAAGAUUUUAUCAAGUUGUUCGAUCAUGGCACUUUAGAGUUUAGAUGAGCUUAGGGGAUAGAACUUUGAAACUUAGCUGUUAAUCUUUCUCAUAAAUAAGAAAUGAACUAGAAUGUGAAUGAGAACAAUAUCGAUCCCUUGUUGUAUUGGUUCAUGUUUUUUGUGGUCAUAGCUUUCUUUGU